GCCCGCGCUGCCAUUGGCGGCUGAGGGCGCGGCGGGGCCGGGGCGGGGCCGGGCAGUGCCGGGAUGGUGCGGACCAAGGCGGACCAGCGCGGCGGCGCCUUUCGCAAGGUGUUGGGCGCCCGCGCUCCCCGGAAGGCGCUGGGCCCCGCCAACCUCAACGCGGGACCGCCGCCGGCCAGGAAGGGUGACCGGCGCCCCGUGGGGCUGAACCCGGUGUGUGUGCGGCCGAUCCCCGCCUGGCAGAGGAGCAUCGGCGAGUUCCUGCAGCUCCCGCCCAAGGAGAACCGGGCGCCCGACGGAGCCAUGCCCGGGAGCAGCGGCCUGGGAGCUCGGCCCCUGCCACCGGAUCCUGCCGAAGAUGGAGAGUCCUCUGAGGAAGAGUAGACGUGAUCUGACCUCAGUUUUCGUGAUGAAGUUCUCCUCCUACUUGA